AGUACCAGCGCGUGGCGGCGCCGCUCUGGAUCGCGUUCCCCGCGGCUCUGUGGUGGUGUUCCCUGACGCGGAAGAGCGGGGCCGGGGCGGCGGCGGGAGACGGGGAAUGACGAUGACCAGCCUCCUGCCUUCAGCAGGGGAUGGAAACUGCUAUUACAUCCUAACAGAAGACUGUGCCUAUGGCAGCAAGUACUUCCAAGCUGGGAACAUGUGCUUCUGCAGUGAGAGAAGUUACCUGCAUAACUUCUCGGAUGACAGGCCCCCGGCUUGCUUCUUGAAAGUCAUCAUGCUGGAUGACAGCUCCACCGUCACGAUAAACGUAGAAAUCCUUCAGCCUGUGCGCGAGGAGACGGCCGCUUUCCUCCUGGCCAUCAGCAGCCACAAGGAACGCUUGAACUAUUUCUUGGAGAGGCUGAGCCUUGAAGCAGCUCUGCGAGCCGUGCUGGGCCAAAAAGUGAUGGUGGAGGUCGAGCGGCAGCAUUUUCCUGGUAUCAUCCGCUACAUUGGGAGCAUUUACAAAAACACUUCAGCUGUCCUGUCUCCAUUCUUCUUUGGGGUGGAGUUACAGGGCGAGGGUGAAAACAGAGGGCGCAGCGAUGGAUCUUAUCAUGGCACCGAAUAUUUCAAGUGUAAGCGGAACUGCGGGAUCUUCCUGCCGUUUAGCAGAGUCCAGUUUAGUCCCGUGCUGGAUGACGACUAUGCGAAACAGAAGCCAAAACCCGACACGGAGGAGGUGGUUCCUGUGAAAGUGGGAGAUGCAGUUAGCUUCUAUGUGGACGAGGUCCUCACAAAAGGAAUAGCAAUGGCAGUUUACAGAGAGGGAAAGCAAUGGUUCGUUAAAGUUUGUCCGGAAGAAGAAGGAACAACUGACAUUUUCAGAGAAAUCCCUAUGGACUCUGUUGUGAAGGAAAGCUUGCAAAGUUUAUUUUCACCGUUUGAGUCUGACAUGGGCUUGGGACACCCAAACCAAAUGAAACGAGAGAUAAGUGAGAGUGGUGAGGAGUGUGAAAGUGGGAAUUCAUCCCUGGAGGUGAACUCCAUGGUCCAGAUCACCUUGGACAAGGGAAAUCAGGUUUCAGGAAUCAUCCGCUGGUUGGGCUACCUGCCCCAAAUUAAGCAGAAAAUGGCAGGAGUUGAACUGGAUGAAGAUAAAGGGGUGACUGCUGGCGAAUGGCUGGGCAAAUACUACUUCCGCUGUGCUCCAAAGCGCGGCCUCUUCGUCAAGCUGCAGUCCUGCCAGCCCGACGUUCGCUUCCAGUGUUCACGCAACAGCGACCUCAUAGAUUAUAGAGAGCAGGAAGUUCUUCCACAGGUUCUAGAGAGUUUUCCUCCUCUCAGAAAUGAGGCAGCGGUGCGUGUCCUGCGAGGGCGGAUGAAGGGGAUCCAAGGCCACUGUAAUUCCUGCUACAUGGAUGCAGCUCUCUUCAGCCUCUUCUCCUGUACGUCCGUGCUGGACUCUAUGCUCUUCAAGCCCUUCCUACUGUGUGACAGGAACGUACAGAGCAUUCUGCGGGAUGAAAUUGUUAAUCCCCUUCGAAAGACUGGCUUCGUCAGGGCUAGGAGUGUGAUGCACCUUAGGGAGCAGCUAACUGAAAAGGGCCAGUGUUCAAGCUUUACCAACGCUGAGAAAGAUCCUGAGGAGUUCCUCAAUCUCAUAAUGCAUCAGAUCCUGGGAAUAGAGCCACUCUUGAAACUGCAGUCAGGAGGCCAGGAGCAGGACUGUUACUGUCACCAGAUAUUUAUGGACAAACAGGAGGAUCUGGUGGUUCCCCACGUGCAGCAGUUAGUGGAACACUCCUUCCUGUCCUCUGAUCUGAAGCUAGUGGAGAUCCCAUCAUGCUUCAUUAUCCAAAUGCCGCGUUUUGGGAAGGAAUAUAAAAUGUUCAGCAAAAUCAUUCCUUCCUUGGAGCUGGAUAUAACAGAUCUGCUGCUUGACAGUCCCAGGGAGUGCUGCGUGUGUGGCGACAUCGCCACCCUGGAGUGUUCGGAGUGUUUCAAAGACAAGGUAUUUGCAGCUACGGGCCUGAAGCAGUUCUGCAGCUCCUGCUCCAGACAGGUUCACUCCCACUACCGACGCAAAACGCACAAGCCAACUAGGCUGCACGUCCCAGAAGAGUUUCAAAGCCGGAGCCCCCGGGGCAGCCAGCAGGUCCCUCGUGAGAAGAUGGAGCUCUUCGCAGUGCUCUGCAUCGAGACCAGUCAUUAUGUCUCCUUUGUGAAAUACGGCCCUGAGAACGAACACUGGAUGUUCUUUGACAGCAUGGCUGACAGGCAUGGUGAUGAAAACGGCUUCAACAUUCCCAUGGUAACGCUGUGCCCUGAAGUUGCCAAAUACCUGGACUUGCCACUGGCUGUGCUGGCCCUGGAGCAACCUCGGGACAUGGAUGGAGUGGCCAAGCGCCUCUUCUGUGAUGCCUACAUGUACAUGUACCAGAGCAAGAAGAUGGCGCUUUACAAAUGACACUUCCUUGGGCUGGUGCCGCAGGGCAGCGAGGUGUUGGGAAACGUGAGCUUGGAUCAACCCUGCAGCUCAUAAUUGGUGAAAGCAGAUGAAUCUGGGGGCACCAAGCUUGCACUUCUGCCUCUUCUUACCUCUUCCAGUGUCUGCUAUCAAGCUAUCCACAUCAGCCCGUCUGCGUUCAUUAAAUCCUGUACCUGGCCUUAUCAAGUGAUAGUUUGUACUUCCAGCAGACCUGGACUCUGAAUUACUUACAAUUUCAUUCUCAUUUCCUACCUUCCCUUUCCCCCUUCCUUCCUCCCCAGGCACUCUGCAGCUCUGUCCAACCUCAGAGUCCUCCCCAGCAUCCUUUUCUCCCUGCCAGCCCUUCCCUCCAAAGCCGAGGACCAGCACCUAAUCAAAACAUGAGCAGUUUAUCCUCAGGUUUCCAAAGAGCACAAAAAAAACCCCACAGCCUCGCCCUGCAUAAGACUUCCUCACAUGGACUUGUGGAGGAAGAAAACCAGGAGGCGUGAGCUGCACCGGUGUGGUUAAGAGAUGGGUCAGGACGAGGGUUUUUCUUGAAGUCUGGGAUGUGACCCCACACCUAAAACUGGGUCCCUGAAUUGUCUGUGCUUCCCGUAUCCAGCACUAAUACUCUGGCACUUUUACUCACCAUCCCUUAUUUUCAACCAUGAGAUUAAUUGAAUGUCUUAAGCUGCAAAUAUGCUUUAAAAUUUUUUUGUAAGAACAAAACUGGACGAAAGAUGGAGCAGAGGAGCAACAUGUGAGCUUGUUAUGCUGUUUUGGUUUUUUUUCCAAAGUCUGCACUGUUGCUACAUGAUCGGGUGUUUUAACCUCAUUUUAGCACUUACUGCGCCAUCUUUGCAUCUACUUCUAAGCUCUGUGCCAAAGAGCAGUAACAGAGCAUCAAGGGGAAAAAAAAUGAGCACUCUUGGAUUUUCUGCUGUGACUGCAGUAAGGAGUAGGGUUUCUGGGCGGAAACUGGUAUUUCUUAAGGUAAAUAACCUGAAUUUGCGAACUGGGGCUUCGCUGCCAUUUAACACGUGCUGUCAUGGCAGUGGGAAGCUGUUACAGGAGUCAAUGCUAUGAACUGGGUUGCUCAGAUUCCAGAUGGCACUGACGGGACACCAAAACCUUAAAGGGAUGCACCCGGGAGCCCCAGGUGUGCAGCUGUAAUCUCCCUCCUGCUCUGGUUUUUUUCCUCUGUAAUGCAGGAUGCAGUAAUUGUAAUAUGCAGCCUGUAGCUUUGUAUCGGUCCUGUUGGCAUGGGCCACACGUCGUUCAGGACGUUUUUUGCUGACAGCAGGGUCGUGAUGCUCACUGUGACGGCAAGAGCGUGAUGGCUGUAUCGGCUUUCUGGUGUGUCUCUUAUUUCUGUAUGUGGUGGCCACAAAGGACAGCUGGUGUGUAAUGAACCCAGAAUUAUUAACACACGGUUAAUGUCAAUUCAGCUUGCAAAUGUCCUGGCUGAGCAUUUGGGCCUCAACACUAAGUUGGCCAUGAGGCAGCAAUGUGUCCUCAUGGUAGAGAAGGCGGACAACGUCCUGGGCUGCAUUCAAAGUGUUGCCAGCAGAUCGAGGGAUGGGAUUCUUCUCCUCUGCUCAGCAGUGGUUAAGGCCACACCUGGAGUGCUGGAUCCAGUUUUGAGCUCCCCAUUACAAGGGAGAUGAAGAGAGUCCGAUGAAGGGCCACGAAGAUGAUGGACUGGAGCAUGUCUCUUAUGAGGAAAGACAGAGAGCUGGGACUGCUCAGCUUGGAGAAGAGAAGGUUCAGGGGGCACCUUAUCAACAUCUAUAAACACUUGAAGGGAAGGUGCAAAGAGGACAGUGCCUGGAUCUUCUCCAUGGUGCCCAGUGACCAGAUGCGCUGGGCACAAACUGAAACACAGGAGGUUCCCUCUGAACAUCAAGAAACACAUCUUCACCAGGAGGUUGACAACACUUCUUCACCAGGAGGGUGACAAGCCCUGGUACAGGUUGCCCAGAGAGGUGGUGGAGUCUCCAUCCUUGGAGGUACUCAAAAUGGUUCCAGGCAAAGCCAAAGCACCAGCAGUUGAAGAGUCAGUCUAGGGUUAGAAGAGUUGAUGGUAGAUCUAGCAAUGAAGCAUCCCGAGGAUGGGUUUACCCUGCUCGUGAACUGACGUAUGGACCUCUGGCUGAUCCUCUGCGGCCAUGGAGAGGGCUGAGGGGCUGGAGGAUACUGUUGUCUCGCUGUCUUUCUCCACCUAUUUAAAGUUACUCUUCAUUCCUUCUCUCCUAAGAACUCAAGACAAUCUCUACUCAGGUACGCUGGGGCUUGGGCUCUUAUAUCUCUGGUGCUUCUGCUCUAAAAAUUUAAGUUUUAAUAACAAACCGCUCUUGGUUUUC